AUGUCUUCCUUGCAACAGGCGGAUGUCGCAUUCCUGGCCAGAUUGGCUCUGCGUGAAUCUGCAGUUGGCCUUGUCACCGAUUGCAUGAAUUGUGGGGGUACAGUUCCAAUCACCAUAUGUCGGAGCGAUGCGAAUGGGAACUCGGGGAAGCCGAUGGCAAGGCAUCAAUCAUGUUCCUUCUUCCGCUGGUUCCCUCAAAUUCUAUCGCAUCCAGACAUCAUGGCCCUCCUCCCAUCAUCAAGUCGUUCCCCAAGUCUCAUCAGUUUUCAGCCGGCACCUUCUACCUUCAUGAGCGGCACUAGUGCUGCUUCCGCAACUCAAUUCCCUUCAAUGCAACCUCUUGCCUCAACUGGCAAUGGCAAGAAGCCACGCAAGCGAGGCAUCAAAUGCAACGAUAACCAGCAGCAGCACCCUAUCGCGCAGCAGGAGUGGAAUUGGGACUAUGAUCAGGAGGAUACUCUUAUGCUCCCUGCUGAGGAUACUCUCGCGCUCCCUGCUGAGCCCUACUGGCAUGAGGAUGGAGUUCAGACGAACGACGGGCUGAGAGCACUUCAACAUGCACUCCAGUCUGUUGGCGCUGGACGGCCUGCUGUGUUCCCAUCAUUUCAUGAUAUUUUGAUAGCUCCUGCACCAUCGCAACCACCCGCGUCAACAACACAACCGCCCGCGCCAUCGCAACCACCCACACUAUUGCAACCACCCGCGCCAUCCCAGCAGUCUCAUCUGCCCCCUCUGUCACAAAUCACCCGGCUGCCAAUGCGCUCUCAGCAUGGUGAUGCCUUAGCUCCACAUGCCUUCCCAGUUCAUAAGCUGUCAAAGCCUCCGCAUGUAACCGAUCAACUUGACCCAAUGUGGACAGGUGACCUCAAUGCGCGUGCGCGAGAGGAAAUUGAGAGCAAGAGGGUGUCAGAACGUCGCAAGGAGAUGGAACGAGCUUCCAGGCAGCGCUUUGUCUUGUACUGGUUUGAUGCUGACAACACGCCAGUGUUGAUGCAGUGGGCUGUUCACUGCCCGUACUUCCCACAAUAUCAGCUCUCAGAUGAUCCCGCCCUUGUCAACUCCCUUGGCAGCAAUAUUUCAAAAAUCGACGUCUUUGAGGAAAGCUUCAUGCGUUGGAUUCCGUCAACGCUCGCUCACCCCUUCACUCUUGACUCGGGUUGCCACGUCUUCAUACGACGUCAUGGUGUCACUGAGUGCAGCGGCUUCGAUGAGUUAUUUAAGUCUUCCAAACUGUUGACUCGCCCUUCUCACAUGCGCUUCAAUAUGAAGGGUGAGCGUGAUAGCAUACGCAAGAAGAUGAAGCAACGACAGGCAUCCACCCCGGCUUCAUCAUCGGAUGUCGAGAUUCUCGAUGACGACAUGCAACUUACACCUGAGCUCAAGAAGACAAAGCGACGACAGACAUCCAUCGCCGCUUCAUCAUCGGACGUCGAGAUUCUGGACAACGAGGCGCAACUUACACCCAAGGUGUCCUUGGGAAAGCGCCACUGGGCUCAAAGCCCUGGCCAAGAACAAGAGAUGCACAUUACUACACAAGUGCGACUGGCACGAGAUACCCACUCGAUGUUACGACUGGGGUAUGUCGAGCUGUCUUAG